AAUUUCUCUGACGCACCAGUGCGUGCAUUCGUCAAUGAAAGUCAUGGAAACGACGUUAGCGUUGUCAACACUAUAAAAGACGCUGACCUUCUGAAUUCUUCCCCCUUUGCGACGGGACUUUUGAGAGAGACGCCUGAAGGAGCCUUUAAAGCCUCGGACGGUUUGAGCUUGUCGAGAAGUCUGCUGUGCAAAACUUGCUAAAGAAGCACUUGCUGAAAUACGCACUUGCUGAAGAAGCCCGUGGAUAACAAACCUGCGAAAGACGGUUCCUGGCCAGGAGAAGCACCAGCAGGGUGAACAUCUGGAAGCCCAUACCAUGGCGCUUCCAGCAGAUGGAUCCCCAAUGUUGGAGGGACAUCCUGAUAAUGGUAAGGAACAAGGUAAGUUGUGGUUAAAUGAAGCCGACACGGUUUCUGAAGACCAUGGAGAGGAGUUGAGGUAUAGUUCAUCUCCGCAGUUUGUGGACUGUUCUACCAGCUCCUGUGAUAGCAAUAUUACCAGCUCCAGUGGUAGCUCUACUACCAGCUCCAGUGGUAGCUCUACUACCAGCUCCAGUGGUAGCUCUACUACCAGCUCGAGCGAAGACGAGGUAGGUAAUGGAGACCAGGACUUUAAAUCUCGAUUUCGGGUUGUCCAGGUCCUUGGACCAAACAUUAAAUUUCUGUGGGGCAUAGGAGUACUUGAAGAGGCAUUGAAACUUCUGAAAUCGACGGUUGAUCUGCUGGACUCCGGUGACAGUAGUCUGGCUGAUGUUGCGUCACAGCUGCCUGAGAUUCUUCCCCCAAAUUUCAGAUACAUACAAGACAUUGGGGUGGCUCGGAAGCCCAAAGAAGACAUGGCUCCUUGUACUUCACAGGAAGAGCCCAUUUUGCAUCUUGAGAAGUCCAGGAGAACAACGAAGAAGGUGGAUGCUGCGAAGGAGGACAACCCACCAUCAAAACCUAGUCAUCAGGUAGGUUUGAAAGAGGACGCGGCUCAUGUGACAUCUGUGACCAGGGACAGUGUUGCUGAAGUGAAGCUCCCAGCCAAGAGGCCUAGGGACACUGUUGCUGAAGAGGAGCUUGCCGCCAAGAGGACCAAGUAUAGUGUCCCGUCCGAUGAUGAAGAUCCCAUUGUGUUACCACCUGUCCUCAGUCUCUCACCUUGGAAGUCGUGUGAGGAUCCUGGAUUGCCAUUCCCCAUCCUCAGUCCCUCAACAUUGAUGCACUAUGAAGAUCCCAUUCUGUCACCCUGCGUUUUCAGCCCUUCACCAUCAACACACUAUGAUCAAGAGGAGCUGGCCGCCAAGAAGACCAAGUAUAGUGUCCUGUCCUUUCCCUAUGAUGAAGAUGCCUUUGUGUUACCACCUGUCCUCAGUCUCUCACCUUGGACAUCAUGUGAAUAUCCUAUUUUGUCAUCCCCCGUCCUCAGUCCCUCGUGUAUAAUGGCACGUAAAAGUCCUGUUUUUUCAUCCCCCGUCCCCGUCCUCAGUCCCUCAACAUUGAUGCAGUAUGAAGAUCCCAUUUUGUCACCCAGUGUUUCCAGUCUCCCACCAACGAUGCUAUAUGAGGAUCCCAUUCUGUCUCCCCGCAUUUUCAGUCCUUCACCAUCAACACGCUGUGAUAGUCCAACUUUGUCACCCUCUAGCUUCUGUUCCUGGUUGGAGGCUGAACUGGACACAGAAGAGGCAGCAAUACCUUCAACAUCUAGUGGAAUUACAGCAAGAGAGAGUUCCAGAAACGUUUGGUUUAGACCUCACUGCGUCUUGUCAAGUGAUUCUGAUUAGAUUGGGAUCCGUAAAAACUGAAGACCUAUUUGGGAAGUCACAUUAGGACAUCAUCAUUUCUCUCAUGUUUUUUAUUAAAGCCAAUGGGUUUCUAGCAAGCCUGUGGACGCCUUAGGUAGCGCCUUGCACCAGGGCUUUUCUUUAUCCCGUUGCUAGAUUUAGUAUUUUAGAUGUUAAGGAUUCUGACAGGACUGAGGAAGCCUUAGGUAGCGCCUUGCACCAGGGCUUUUCUUUAUCCCGCUGCUAGAUUUAGUAUUUUAGAUUAUAAGGAUUCUGACAGGACUGAGGAAGUCUUAGGUAGCGCCUUGCACCAGGGCUUUUCAUUAUCCCGCUGCUAGAUUUAGUAUUUUAGAUUAUAAGGAUUCUGACAGGACUGAGGAAGUCUUAGGUAGCGCCUUGCACCAGGGCUUUUCUUCAUCUUUGUGUUUUCCUCUCAACUCCCCCAUGUUUCAAGGUGUAAUAGUGAUGCUUCCCUACACGCUGCUCUCCAAUAUAGUGAAUUAUUCUGUCCUGUUUCUCUACUAAUCCAGUCUCCCAGUUUUUAAUCUUUCAGGUUUUAGCUGCUCAUCGCUGGAUCCUUUCAUCGUUGUCCAUGUGGUUCCUGCCUUCUGGAUCCCUUGUUUUUCACACUGCUUGUUGGAUCUCGUCAGCCUGUAAAUCUCCACCUUCAUCACCACCAGUCAGAUGGAGGAAGAUAAGAGAACCCAGUU